AAUACCCUAACGAUCGAUAGACAGCACACUAAAAUGGCGUUCGGCUGCUGUGGGAAGACCUUCAGUUGUCUCUUCAUCUUCUUCAAUGUCAUCUUUGCGAUUGUCGGCUUAGCCACAGUAGGGUUUGGGAUUUUUCUCAAGGUACACCCUUCAACUGCCCAACUACUAAACCUAGUGGAAUUGGGCAAUUCAUCGGUGUAUCUCGCCAACAGCGCAUGGAUCAUCAUUGGCUUCGGUGCCCUUGUGUUGCUGGUCUGCUUCUGUGGCUGUGUCGGAGCUGCUGCCAAGAACAAGUGCAUGCUGGGGCUGUACAUCAUCUUUGCCGUGAUCAUCGUCAUCGGAGAAAUAGGAGCAUUUGUUGUCACAAUCUUGUUCGUUGUACGGUCUGAUGACGUCGACUCUUUCCAAAACACUAUUGCGAAGACUCUGGCUGAUAACUACCGACCCGGAAGGACCAAGUUCACACAACCUUGGGAUUACGUUCAGGCAACGUUCGAGUGCUGCGCUGUUUCCAACUACUCCAACUAUGCACCAGUCUACGCGAAUAAUACCAUGGAGAAAGUACCAGUUACAUGCUGUAAGCUGUCAGGAGCGAAGGAACCCGAUGAUCCUAUGCCAGUGAGCAGAACAAAAUGCAUGGACGACUCUAGAAAAUCCGACCUGGAAAAGAGUGAUUUUCUGCACACAAGGGGCUGCUUCCAGUUGCUGAGGGAUACGGUGAAGCAGUACAGCACUGUGCUUCUCAUUGUUGAGGCAGUCAUCAUUGCCAUCACAAUAAUUGGGAUCAUUAUUGCUGCGUGUCUGUGCCGAAGAGGUAAAGAAAAAGUAUGAUCUCUUCACGUCACUUUCGGAGUUUCGUCACGACGUUGUUCCGUAGAGAGCAUACACUUAUUAUGUAAUUAAACUAUCUAAACGCUUCUCAUCAAGAGUUAGGUAAGGGACAUGUCGCAAGCUUCUUUAAUGUUGGUCCUGUAUCCAAAUAUCUCGAUGGCUGGUUCACAAGAGUCUGAACAAGAAGUGACAGAUUUUAAUUGAAUGAGGGGUGUUGUAUUUAAACGACACAUGAAUCGAAACAUAUAGAACGCUACGAAAUUAGUUAUAGUUAUAGGAAAAUGCAAUUUCACCUGCAGCUGGUUGCGCUUUGAUAAAUAUAAUCCCACAACAUUCCUAAACUCAGGUCUUUCCUUGAAAUAAAAUUGUACAAUGGACAUGGCUGUGAGUAUUUAGAUACAUCUCAGAUGCGUACAUUUCUUUCAUAUCUCGUUGUACACAUAUUCUCUUCGAGAGCAUGGAUUUGGCUGCCAGAUAACUUCAACCAAUGCUAUUUGUAUCGAGUUGUAGACAGAAAUCAAUUUCUGUUCAUAAACAACAGUCACGGUAUCAAAAUAAUGACGUCUGAUAAGUGAUGAAAACAAUUUGGAUGGUAUUUUUGUGAAUUAACCAAUACAUUGAUGUUCAACUGUUACUUUCCACUUGUACAAUAAUUCGUGAAUCAAGUGAAGACAUUUCCCGCAGAACCAUAUCUUCUCACAGGCAUCCAUGUAUUUGUACACGUCGUUUCAUGUCUUUAUUUAAUUCGUUGGUAUUCCUUGUGUUACUCAUAAUCAGCUGCAUGAAUUAUGUUAUCGAUACAUUUGAAAAAAUGUUUUUGUCCGUGUCUAAUCCACUUGAAUGUUCAAAUAUUUCUAAAAAAUGUAAAUUAUUAUGUGUUUUAAGUACAUUUGACAUUACCUUAUGUAGCUUAUACAAUACUCAUGAAAAAAUAGUUCCAGUGGAUUUUAUUGUAUAAAGACGGCUUGCUCAGUUCAUUGUUCCUAUAUUGUAUUUAAAAAGUUUGUGUAUAUUUCGAAAUAAUUUCAACGUUAAUUGUUGUGGUAUGAAUAAUAUUUGAACAUACAUGAAUCUUCAGAAUCCGUUACUUUCUGCGCUGUAUAAUUGCAAAUUGCCAGACAAUAUUUCUGAAAAGAUCUUCAAUCUCAUAUCUUUGCUAUGCAAAUAAUUUCGUUCCACAGACGUUUGGUCAAACAUGGCUAUGGGCACAUUGUUAGUCUCACUCUCUCUAUAAAACAUUUAUGUACCGUUUAUACAAUACUUGUGUAUAUAGUCUUUUAAUAUUGGAAAAUAAAGUAUAUUUCUUA